AUGCAGAAGUUCAGGAGGAAAUCUAGAGCGACGAUGCGGUUUUUCUACUACGUCGUGCUCGGCAUCUUCUCCAUAAAUUCAGCGGGAGCUGCCCGUAGGCCGCAAAUAAACGGCACAUGGAUACGCAUGGGUAUGAUAGUGGACGAUAUGAUGCAGAAUGACCAAGGCCCACCGCCCUGCAAGGCUCUACCAGGCUUGAGCCCAGGACAGGGGAGGCUGUGCCAGCUGUACAAGGACCACAUGAAUGCAGUAGCGUUGGGAGCCAAGCAAGCGCUUACCGAAUGUAAAUACCAGUUCCACAACCGGAGGUGGAACUGCUCCAUUCUAGACGAUGUAAAUGUUUUUGGGCCUGUGAUCAUGAUAGCCAGCAGGGAGUCCGCGUUCGCCCACGCUUUGGCUGCUGCCGGAGUCGCCCAUGCAGUGUCAAGGUCGUGUCGAGACGGACAGCUCUCCUCCUGCGGAUGUUCGAGGAUGGGUCGACCGAAGGACCUCAAAAAGGAAUGGGUGUGGGGAGGAUGUGGGGACAAUUUGGAGUACGGAUAUAAAUUCUCUCAGAAUUUUGUCGAUGUGCGAGAAAAGGAGAGAAAAUUUAAAAGAGGCACACGAGAACAGGGUAGAUUACUUAUGAAUUUACACAACAACGAAGCUGGAAGGAGGGCAGUCAUAAAGAAAUCGAAAGUGACCUGCAAAUGCCACGGAGUCUCCGGCUCCUGCUCCCUGAUCACUUGCUGGCAGCAACUCGCGACCUUCAGAGAAAUCGGCGACUACCUUCGAGACAAAUACGACGGUGCCACGGAAGUCCGCGUGAACCGCCGUGGCCGCCUGCAGCUCCGCGACCCCCAGGUCAGCAUCCCCACGGCCUACGACUUGGUAUACCUAGAGGACUCACCCAACUAUUGCGUUCGCGAUGAUACCGUAGGUUCGCUGGGUACGCAGGGUCGACCUUGUAAUCGCACCUCGCCGGACAUCGACGGCUGCCACCUGCUGUGCUGCGGAAGAGGGUAUAACACCAUCAAAAGCACUGUGCGGGAGCGAUGCCAUUGCAAGUUCAAGUGGUGCUGCCAGGUGGAGUGCAAGACUUGCAUCAGGUCCAUGGACGUACACACGUGCAAGUGA